UUAUGUCCUUGUUUCUAUAUGGUUGUUUUGUGCUAGAUAGUAGCUUAGCUAGUUUAAUUAUGUGUCCCAGGGCCUACUAAAUGCAGUGAAUGUUGUCUUUCCUAAGUGCAACCAAAGGUUCUGCCUUAGGCAUAUCUAUGCAAACUUCCAAAAUGCUGGUUUUAGGGGGGAAGAUUUGAAAAAGUAUAUGGAUAAUGUUGCCUAUGCAUAUAGUGAACACAAAUUUAACAUUGCAAUGAAUGACCUUAGAGAUGAAUGUGAGCAAGCUUGGGAGUGGCUUUGUCAAAUACCCAAGAAAACAUGGGCAAGGCAUGCAUUUGACAUAAACAGCAAGACUGGCCUUGUAGUUAACAAUUUGUCUGAGGUGUUCAACAAGUAUGUCCUAGAUGUUAGGAAGAAACCAAUUAGGAAAAUGUGUGAUGGAAUAAAGGAUAAGCAGAUGAUGAGAUGGCAUAGGAAUAGGGAGAGUGGAAAGAAUGCUAGAUGGGACAUAACACCCCAUUAUAGUGAGAAGCUAUAGGUUGAGAAGGAGAGGGCCAAAUAUUGCAAACCAAUUCAAGCUGGUGUGGACUUGUGCCAAGUUACAAGUGGGCAGCAAACCCAUGCUGUUAACUUGCAAUUGCACACAUGUGGGUGCAGAAAAUGGGACCUCACUGGCAUCCCAUGUAACCAUGCCAUCUCAGCAAUAAACAAGGGCAAAAGAAAACCAGAGGAUUAUGUAAGCAAGUUCUUCAAGAAAGCAUUUUAUGUGGCAACUUAUGAACCAAUGAUCUAUCCAGUUCCUGGUGAGCAUGACUGGACAAGGACCCCUGGUCUAGACAUUGACCUGCCUGCAUUUAAAGUGAAGAGAGGAAGAAAGAAAGAGAAGAGGAUCAAGGGGAAAUUUGAAGUUCCAAAGCCUAAGGACACAUCAAGAAUGGGGACUAUAACAUGUGGCAAUUGUGGACUGCAAGGACAUAGGUACACAAGCUGCAUGAAGCAGUUGAAGCCUGAGCUGGCUUUGAGGAAGAACAAACAUGUGCCUCUUGCAAGGAAUUCCAAUGUUGGUGCUGCUACUACUACACCAGCAGCAAGAACUUCUCAUACAGCCCCUACAACAACACCAAUAGAUGGAACAGGAGGUGCUGGGAGAGGAGUUGGGAGAGGUGCUGCUGGGAGAGGUGCUGGUAGGGGUGUUGCACCAGGUGCUGGGAGAGGUGCUGGGAGAGGGAGAGGUACAUUCUCUGCCCCAAGGCAAUCUGGUCCCUCCACAUCUACUACUCCCUCCACAUCUACUACUCCCUCCACAUCUACUACUGGGAGAGGUGCUGGUGGUAGACAUAGUGGAUGGAGGAGCUACUUCUAUGCAAGUGGUAACUAGAUACUUCAUGUGUGUGUUCUUGCAUCCUGUGAUACAAUGUGAUCUUGCUUUGGUGGUGUACUUUAAGAAUCAAUGCCAUAUUAUGCUGGAGUUAUUAAUAUGCUGGAGUUAUUAA